CGGCGGCCGGGGGCGCCCGCUCCUCCCCCUCGCGGAMGGCCGAGCUGACGGCGCUGAGCCCCCUGCGCGCGGCACAUGGGGCGCUUGACCGAGGCGGCGGCAGCGGGCAGCAGCGCUUCAGUGGCGUGCUCCGCCGAGCCCCCUCCCACUCCCCUGCCCCUCUUUUCCACGUCCCCCGGGAGCGCGGCCACCAUGGCGUCCAGCGAGGAGGACGGCACCAACGGCGGUGCCUCAGAGGCCGGUGAGGAGAAGGAAACCACCGGCAGGAGAAGGCGCCUCAGCUUCCUGGCCACCGCCUGGCUCACCUUCUACAACAUCGCCAUGACCGCAGGGUGGUUGGUUCUAGCUAUUGCCAUGGUACGUUUUUAUAUGGAAAAAGGAACACACAGAGGUUUAUAUAAAAGUAUUCAGAAGACACUUAAAUUUUUCCAGACAUUUGCCUUGCUUGAGAUAGUCCACUGUUUAAUUGGAAUUGUGCCUACUUCUGUGCUUGUGACUGGGGUCCAAGUGAGUUCAAGAAUCUUUAUGGUGUGGCUUAUUACUCACAGUAUAAAACCGAUCCAGAAUGAGGAGAGUGUGGUGCUUUUUCUGGUGUCGUGGACGGUGACUGAGAUCACUCGCUAUUCCUUCUACACAUUCAGUCUUCUCGACCACUUGCCAUACUUCAUUAAAUGGGCCAGGUAUAAUUUUUUUAUCAUCUUAUACCCUGUUGGAGUUGCUGGUGAACUUCUUACAAUAUAUGCUGCCCUGCCGUACGUGAAGAAAACGGGAAUGUUUUCAAUAAGACUUCCUAACAAAUACAAUGUCUCUUUUGACUACUAUUAUUUUCUUCUCAUAACCAUGGCCUCAUAUAUACCACUGUUUCCACAACUCUAUUUUCAUAUGUUACGUCAAAGAAGAAAGGUGCUUCAUGGAGAGGUGAUUGUAGAAAAGGAUGAUUAAAUGAUCCCUACAAACAAGGUGCUUUUCCAGAAAAACCAGGAUUACUUGAGUCCAAGUUUUAAUAACAAGAAUAAAGAACUUCAUGAAAUAUCAUGGAAUGUAUUAUUGUUUCUUAAAAUAUAACCUGAGACUAAUGGUGUUUGCCAAUAUUUGUCUUCAUAUUGUGCCAAGUCUGUUGUUUUAGAAGAACUGUAUAGUUAUAAUGAGCUCCUGGGUAGAUGUUGAUCAUUUAGAAAAUAACUGGGUGUAUUACCUGGGGGCAGGGGGCUUUUACUUUACUUUUUUUUUUUUUUUGCAACUUAUGCUCAAUGCUUUUAAAAUCAAUCUCUGCAAAUUAGUUUAAUGAUAUGGCGUUAAGACACCUACAGUGACAUUUGUGUGGUAUUUAUAAAUGAAGGUAGAUACAAAAUUAUA